UGACCAGACUUUUGUCUUGUUCAGACUGAAAGCGGAGUAUGUUGAAAUAAACAGGAAUGUCUUGGGGACGUGCUUGUUUUUUGUGCUCCACGUUAACAUCUCUUUGAUGACCGAGGCCCUUCGAAACCAUGAGCGAAGACGGAAUGGAGAUGAUGGACUCCGCGUCCGAAAACGAGGACUUCGGCGAAGUAAGGUUGGGCAUGAUAGACGAGGAAGUCGUGUACCCUGAAGAGUUCUUACCCACAUACCAUUCUAUUAAAGAAUGUUCAACCAUAACCAAAGUAGAACAGGUCGAGUAUAACGACGAACCCGAUUUCCUAUUCUUCAACGACGGCAAGAGGAAGAUCGAUUUCAUCCUGGUGUACGAAGACGAGGACAAGAAGGAGUUUGAGAAGAGGCAUGUGUUCCAAAGACGAAAGAGACGACGGGAGUUCUUUGAGGCCAGCCUGAUGAAGAUGGGCGUGGAGCUGGAAGCCACGCCCUCUGUAGUGGACGACAAAGUCAUAUUCGUGAAGGUUCACAUGCCGUGGGACGUGCUGUGCACCUACGCCGAGGUCAUGCACAUCAAGCUUCCCAUCAAGCCCAACGACAUCCCUACCCGCCCCUCAUAUUGGCGCUUUUUAAACUGCAUCACCAAACACUUCUAUCCCAACGAAGACCUGAUCAGAAAGGAGCCCGAGUUCUUCACCGCGCCCUUCGAGAAGAGUCGCGUGGGUGCCUUUUACACCGAAAACAAGGAUCUCUUCUUUACACCGUCCAUGCGGAGCAGGAUGGCGUUUUACAUCUUGAGCAGAGCUCCCUACGAAGUACGCGGAAGCAUCAAGAAGUUUGGCAUCACCAAGCUCCUGGAUGGUGGAGUGUACAAAGCUGCCUAUCCCCUUCAUGAUUGCAGGUUCAAUGUCAGGUCUAAAGAACAGCACUCUCCUAACGAGAGGCUUCUGCUCUUUAAAGAAUGGGCUCAUCCCAAGAACUUCUACAAGAUGCAACCACUUGACCUCAUCAGAAGAUACUUUGGGGAGAAGAUCGGCAUUUACUUCGCCUGGCUGGGUUUCUACACCAUGAUGCUGGCUGUGGCUGCUGUCGUAGGGCUGGCCUGCUUCUUUUAUGGCUACCGUAAUCAAGAAACAAGCACAUGGAGCAAAGAGGUGUGCGACCCUGAGAUCGGAGGACAGAUUGUGAUGUGUCCACAGUGUGACCUUUGCAAAUACUGGAUACUAAACAGCACCUGUGACACUUCAAAAAUAUUAUGCAUAUUCGACAACUUUGGGACUUUGGUGUUUGCCGUUUUCAUGUCAGUCUGGAUCACUUUGUUCCUGGAGUUUUGGAAGCGCUACCAGGCGGAGUUGGAGUACGACUGGGACACUGUGGAGUUUCUGGAGCAGGAAAUGGCACCUCGUCCAGAAUAUGAGGCCAAGUGCAUCUACGAGAGGAAAAAUCCUAUAACUGGGGUGAAAGAAAAUGUGCCGUAUACAUCCUGCGGACGGUGCAUUCGGGUGUCAAUAGGAAUUGGGACGGUCUUAUUCUGGAUUAUGUUGAUCCUGGCAUCCAUUGUGGCCAUCAUUGUGUACCGUCUGGCCGUCUUCUUCGCCUUAUCAAUUAAACUCAGAGAUUCCAAGGAGCUGCAGAACUUGGAGCCAAUAAAGGAGUACGUGACGCCUCAGAUGGCCACGUCUGUCACAGCCUCCAUCAUCAGCUUUGUUGUCAUCAUGAUCCUUAAUAUGCUCUACGAGCGCGUCGCCAUCUGGAUCACGGAUUUUGAGCUUCCCCGGACUAUGAGAGACUACGAGAACAGCCUGACUCUGAAGAUGUUCCUCUUUCAGUUCGUCAACUAUUACUCCUCCUGCUUCUACAUUGCCUUUGUGAAAGGAAAAGUGGUUGGCCAUCCUGGAAAACCAGUUUAUCUUCUGGGAAAAUACCGGAAUGAGGAGUGUGAUCCUGGUGGGUGUCUGAUUGAGCUGACCACUCAGCUCUCGAUCAUCAUGGGUGGAAAAGCCAUCUGGAACAACAUCCAAGAAGUCCUCAUUCCGUGGGUGAAGAAUCGAUAUUUGCAGUUCUGCUCUCGUCGGGUCGAAGAGAAGGAGGUACCUCGCUGGGAGCAGGACUACAAGCUCCAGGCCAUCUCAAAACUUGGACUGUUCUAUGAAUAUCUUGAGAUGGUCAUCCAGUUUGGCUUCGUGACCCUUUUCGUGGCCUCCUUCCCCUUGGCUCCGGCUCUGGCUCUGCUCAACAACCUGUUUGAGAUCCGGGUGGAUGCCUGGAAAUUCACCACCCAGUUUCGCCGCUUUGUGCCGGAGAAGGCCCAGGACAUAGGAGCUUGGCAGCCCAUCCUCCAAGGCGUCGCUAUCUUGGCUGUCGCAACGAAUGCCAUGAUCAUAGCAUUUACAUCUGACAUGAUUCCACGACUCGUCUACUACUGGUCUUUUUCUGUCUACCCAUACGGAAACCACGAUAACCACACCAUGCAGGGUUACAUCAACAGCUCCCUGUCCUUUUUCAAUAUCAAUGAUUUCCCCAGUGAUUUUAUAGGAACCACAGCUGACGAGCCUCGCAACAUCACCUUUUGCAGGUAUCGAGAUUAUCGAUUUUCUCCUGGACACUCCAGACAAUACGAGCACAACAUGCUCUACUGGCACGUAAUUGCUGCCAAAAUGGCUUUCAUAAUUGUUGUAGAGCACAUUGUUUACUUUACUAAAUUCAUCCUGUCCUACGUCAUCCCAGAUGUCCCGUACGCAGUCAAAGAACAAAUCAAACGAGAAAAGUACCUGACCCAAGUUCUCCUUCACGAGACCAGCCUGAAGCUGGUGAUUACCAAACACUUGAACCCAGCCCCAGAUGAGGAGACAAGCGAGACAAAGCAGGAAGAAGCUCAAUGUUGACGAAAACAUUUUUUUUUAAGACACAAGACUUUCCUUUUUUGGUGUUUUAUCACUUUUUACAAAGUUUUUGUUGCAUCCACCCUGUGAAUUACACAACAAUCCAAACUUCUUUCUUUUGGAGUUUUAAGGCAAAGACAGAAGAAACCAC